AUGGCUGCCAGAGGAAUAAGAAUAAAUGAAGAUAAUGCAGAGGCUAUCUUUGCUGAUUCUGGUUCUGAAAGUGGCUCAGAUAUCGAUGAUAAUGAUUCUGAUCAAAAUGAAAAUUUACAAAAUGACAAAGAUCAAGCUAUUCAAGUUGGUGGUGAUCAAGUUGUACCUGACAGACCACGUCGUCAUGCAAUUCCACCAGACAAUGGCCAGUAUGAUUGGCAUUUGUAUGACUCCACUGAUCCGUAUGAAGUCAAUUGGAUACAGGAAUUCAAUAUUCCACGCCGUGGUGGUGUUCUCGUCAAUACAGACAAUUUCACACCUUAUGACUAUUUCAAGAUAUUUUAUCCUGAUGAACUAUUGACAAAGAUAACAGAUGAGACCAAUAAUUAUGCGUUCAGCCACUUUGAUGUGCCUGGUGGACUUGAUAACUUCAGCCCAAGAUCUCGGCUGAGACAAUGGGAACUCCGAAAUGUAUUUCUUGUUACUGAGGAUGAGUCUGUGCCUACAAUCAAGACGAAAAUCAUGGAUGUGAUAUGUAAGGAGUUUGACAAAAGGUUCAACCUUUUUGGGGACAACCUAUUCCGCCCACACAUUCUAGCUAGACUCCUCCAUCCAACUUAUAGGCAGAUGAUAGAGAAGCUUAUGUCAAAGGAACAGUUUUCCAACCUUUUACUGUCUCUCAAAGAAGAAAUGGGGGAAACUGUGGCAUCAGUGGAUCAAGUAAAACCAGAACCUGGUCUUGGCGAGCCAUCCCUUAAGAAAAUAAAGACAGAAGAAAAUGCUAGUAGAUCAAAGGACUGCAAAGAACAGAUCCUACCUCAAGCUGGCUGGAAUAGAGAUAGAGCAUUCUUUUGCUGGAGGGCCUUUGUGACACAGGAGGAGCUGCAAGUGCACAUAGCAUGUGCUGACCGGGCCACAGAGUCUUGUGGGGUGUGGGGCUGUGAAGCCUAUUCCUGA